GAGAGAAAAGAGUGCUGGAUUAAACAGUGAGAGGGAGAGGAAGUGAAGAGGACAAGGGGCAGAGGACGAGCAGAGACUGUCAGAAAGGUGAGGUGAAGGCACCUCAGUGUGGUUUCUACUCGUUUAUCAUGCAUGUAACUCAUAUAAGUUUUAAUCAACAGGUCAGAUUCUGGAGAAACAAAAAACAAAUUGUGGCUUUUGAGGUUUGAUGAGGAAACGACUGCACAACGCACACACACACACAGACGCCUGAGCUGCAGCUGUGCUGAGACUCCCACAGAGGAAGACUGAUGAGCCUCGUCGACAACCCUGACGUCUUCUCUCCUCCAACACAAUGACUGCGACCUCCUCUGCCUCUUCGGUGCUCUUCACUCUUUCAGCCUCUGCGUCGAAUGACUCCUCUCUUUCUAUGUCGACUCCACCGCUGCCUGCUUCAAUGUCACUCUUCUCAGCUUCCUCUCUCCCUCCAUCCUCCACCUCGUCAGCCAUUUCCUCAAACCAGACGACGUGUUCCUUUGAUGACACCGCCAUCCGCCUGCCGCUCACCGUCUGUUACUUGCUCUUCUUCCUCUUCGGGCUUGUGGGAAACCUCUUUGCGCUCUGGGUAUUCCUCUUCUUACACUCCAGCCACAACUCUGUGCGAGUGUUCCUCAUCAACUGUGCAGUGGCGGAUCUGGUGCUCCUGGCGUGUCUUCCCUUCAGGGUCUUCUACCACGCGAACGGGAACAAGUGGGGGCUGGGCCCAGUGGCCUGCAAGCUGGUGGGGAACCUCUUUUACAUGAACAUGUACAUUAGCAUCGCGCUGCUGGGCUUCAUCAGCUUGGACAGAUACCUGCGGUUGAAGGGGAGGGGGCGAGCGCGGAGAGGCAUGGCGCUGACGCUGUGUGGGCGCCGGUGGCCGUGGAGCUGGUUGGCGUGCGGGGCUCUGUGGGGCAUGUCACUGUUGGGGGCGUUGCCCCUUGUCGUCACCGCGGACAACAAGGUCACCGCGGACAACAAGGUCACCAGUGACAAAUGCUUCCACUACAGGCAGCUACAAGGAGCCAAGUGGAAGGCCUACUUCAACGGGGCGCUGGUGGCGCUGUUCUGGCUCGUCUUCGUCAUGCUCGUGGUCUCCUACGCAAAGAUCGCCGCCGAGCUGAUGAGGGUGUCACGCGACAAGCCCGACCUCCCCAACGCGCAGAAAUACCAGCGCACCGCCAAGAAAUCCUUCUUCGUCCUCUUCCUGUUCACCGUGUGUUUCGGGCCGUACCACGCCUUCCGCCCCGUCUACAUCCUCUCACAGGUCAGCGACACAGCCAGCUGCAGCUACCUGCAGCUGGUGGAUCAUACCAACGAGGUCAUGCUGUUGCUCUCCGCCCUAAACAGCUGCAUGGACCCCGUCAUGUACUUCCUGUUGUCGGGGUCGGUGCGCAAAACCGCGUUGCGCGCCCUCGGACAGCGAUUCGGACACAGGCUGCCCUUCCUGCACGAAGCCACGUCCAACAGCUCCACGACAGAGCUGAGACGCUUGUCUUUACCCAACACCCCGAGAAACAGCGUGUUCAACAUCAACGCCACCCUCUUCCGCCCAGGACAGACUACACUUCCCCCUACUGGGCAACAAUGAUCACACAGUUCAAUACAUUUCUAACACUGUAUAUAAUCCCAGUUACCUCACAUGCAUCAAAUGUAAAAAAUGUAAAGUUGUGAUUCAAUAUUAAAACAUAAGAUUUAAGUCGGGCUGCAUUACUGAAUGAAUCGUCAAAUAUUUUGAUUACUUUAAAUAAAGAUUUUGUGUAAUUUAGUAUAAGUCUAGAUUUUCAGCUUCUUAAAUGUGAAUAUUGUUUGUUUUUUUGCUCCAUAUUAA